UGUUGUUGCAGAGUCACUGCGACGGUUUGACUGUAAACAAGCAGCUGGACGGGAGGGAAAAGUCCUGAUUCUGUCCGGAACCUGUGGGCUCUCGGUGGCUCGGUUAAUCACAGCUGCGGUUGGUUCGUGAGCGGUUCUGUAGAAAGUCGUGGGCCGUGGAUGCGCCGCGUUCUCCCGGUUGUUGACUCGUGUUUUGGCGGAGCCUGUUAGCUAGCUGCUGUUAGCUAGCUGCUGUUAGCCUUUCUGGAAACACCCCGAGUCUUCUUCGGGCUCCUUUGACUCCGUCGUUCCUUCUUUCUCUGCUGAGACCCGGACAAGCCGAACCCUGGGGGGCUGGUCGGAGCAGCCUCCUCCCACCAUGGAGGCAGGAGGUAAAGACUGCGAGGAGGAGACGCUGCAGACGGCCUUCAAGAAGCUGAGGGUCGAUGCCGAGAGUUUACCCGGAGCGGUGAGCGUUUCGGAGGCGUCGACUCCCCGAGCAGCUUCCAGGGUUUGUGUGGACAGCAGCGGAGCCAAAACCAAACUGGGCUGCACGAAGGACACCUGGCACUGCUGCGUGAGGAAAACGAGAGGAGCUUCGUCUAGAAGCCAGCGACGCCGGCGGUCCAAGUCCCCCAUCCUCCACCCCCCGAAGUUCACCUACUGCAGCAACUCGGCCCUGUCGCCCCCUGCUGGCUGCCUGAAGCACCAGCGCCUGUCCCUGAGCGAGUCCGCAGGUGAUGAAGUACCUGCUUCCUCCGCGGGGCCCCCGGUCCAAACUGAGGCGCCGUCCUCAGCCACGCCCGGCUGCGUCUCCCCUCUGGUGUUUGGAGUUUGUCCCGGGUAUGGCGGCACCUCCGUACGAGAGACCACUACACCCGCGGCCUCCCCCAGGUGGGAUGGGGAGAGGUCCGGAGACGUGCAAAGUUCCCGGGACGGCGCCGAAGACUUCCGGUCUUUAUCCAAGCUCCACAGCUCUGCAGAGGGCCCCCCCUGCUCCUGCGCUCCGAGCGGGGCCUCAGAUCCCCGGGAGGAGGGCGGGCAGGAGUCCGGACCUCAGUGCAGCUGCCGGUCCCAUCAGGGCUGGAGCGGCAUGGAGGUGUACUCCUUCACCGGGCUCCGCAGCGUCAUCUCUGAGUGCGAGGGGAACCCGCCCAGCCACCGGGACGCACCCAGAACUGUCGGCGCUCACUCUCCCUCCUCCUCUUCGUCGUCAGGCUCGCCGCGCUCGUGCUCGGAGCAGGCGCGCUCCUACGUGGACGACAUCACGAUAGAAGACCUCUCCGGCUACAUGGAGUAUUACCUCUACAUCCCCAAGAAGAUGUCCCACAUGGCUGAGAUGAUGUACACCUGAAGGAGCCGUGCUUCUCCAACCAGAAAUAAAAUAAAGUCUUUCUGUUGCCGGGCGGAAUGUAGACGUUUAAAUGGAAUGUAAAGGUUCAAACGCCUUUUUCUUGUUCUAAAGCUGAGCGGAGCGCACGGUUUGUCGUUGAUCUGGAUCUUUCUUCUCGUGCUCGAUGAAUCAGUUUGUGUUGAAAUGCUGAAGUUUACAGAUGAAGUUGCCAAAGUUCUGAUGAGUGUCUGAACACGCAGCCUGGACUCACCUGUCUGGAUUUCACUCAAUAAACAAGUGGAAAAAG